AUGAGUCAAUAACAAGAAGAACAGAAGGCUAUCCCUCUUGACAAAUUGACCCCUCAAUAAUUGUUGUAGAUCAAAAAGUAAAUAGAGGAGGAAGUCCAAUAGCUCAGUUAAUCAUUAUCUUAAUUCAGAAUUGCAAAUGCCAAGUAUGAUGAAAGCAAAGUGAUCUUAAAAAGAUUAGAUUAAACUCCAAAAGAUAAUGAUCUCUUAGUACCAAUUACUGCAUCGCUCUAUGUACCAGGAAGAUUGAUUAGCCCAUAAUCAGUUAUGAUAGAUUAUGGAACAGGAUAUUUUGUUGAGCGCAAUACUGAGCAAGGGUAACAUUUUUGUGAUAGAAAAUUACAAUUGUUGAAGGAAUCACAAGAUAAAUUGAGUAAUAUCAUCAAUUAGAAAAAGUAAUUCAUGGAUAAAUUGAAUAUUGAAUUAUAGAAAAGAGUGUUGCAAGUGUAAUAAAUUUAAUAGCAAUAAUAACAACAAAAGAAAUGAAUGAAUGAUGAUGAAUUAUAUCUUAAAAUAAAAUCAAUAUUUAAUAUA